AUGCCAACAUUUAUACAAACCUACUUUCAAACAUACAAACAUAAAACAAAAUAUCAAGAAGCGAGGCAAACUCAUCAACAACAAUCUAACCAAAUAACGUCCAAAUCAUCAGACAACAACUCAAAUAACCUCAAAAUCAUCAACAACAACCCAAAUAACAUCAAAUUUAUUAACAACAACCCAAAUAACAUCAAAAUCAUCAACAACAACUCAAAUAACAUCAAAAUCAUCAAAAGCAACCCAAAUAACAUCAAAUUCAUCAACAACAACCCAAAUAACACCAAAUUCAUCAACAACAGCACAAACAGCAUCGCCAGUAACAAUUACAUAACAGAUCGACACGUUUACAUCAGUUUCACCGUCGAUUUCGACAACGUCAUCACCAACCUCAUGUUUGUCAUUGGCAGAAUCCUUAGUGACGUCAUUAUCAUCGAUUUCGCUGUCGCCAUCAAGAUUCUCAAAAUUGCACUGCUUUCCUAUCCAUACUUCGAGUUGUUAAUUUCAGACGAUUGUCGAGAGCAGCGCAAUUCUUUCGUUGUUGAAAAACAAAUGACACCACUGUUGAUUAUGUAUUUACAAAUGUACAACGACACCCUCACAACAAAUAGAUAG